UACACCUUAGCAGCCCUGAUGGAAGUGAAGUGUUCCCUUUCCAUAUAAGGAAUGAUCUAUUUACAGCGGUUGUAGUGAUGGAAAAUAAAGACGAGCCUGUGAUCUGAGCCUUAUGUUUUAAUGAUGUGUUUUUUGGUCUUUAGAGACUGAGAACAUGGGAUGAAUGAAUGAGUGUAAACAGAGAGGGAGGAGAGAACAGUGACAGGUGGGCUGAGGUAUUGAAAGGAUGGGGAGAACGAGACGGAGGAGGAGGAGGAAGAGAAGAAGUGGCUGAGAGGAGGGCAAGAGCAGUAUAUAAGACCCGGUCUGCCUCUACUUCCCUUACACAGCCGCUAGCUUCUCUUUUUCUUUGACGAAAAUAAAGGCAGCACUCUUCUGACACUCAGUAUGUCGACCCUGAACUCAGAGAAUGCCACCACCCUGGAGAAUGCCAUGCAGUUGAUGAUCCAGACCUUCCACAAGUACUCUGGAAAUGAGGGGGACAAAUUCACACUCAGCAAGACCGAGCUCAAAGAUUUGCUUACCCAGGAGCUAGGAAACUAUCUGGGGCAUGCACAGGACAAGGACGCUGUAGAGAAGGUGAUGGGCGACCUGGACUCAAACAAUGAUGGCGAGGUGGACUUUUCAGAGUUCGUCAUCCUAGUCGGCGCGCUCACCGUGGCCUGCAACGACUUCUUCCAGGAGUACAACCCAGACAAAGGUGCUAAGAAGGAGUAGAUGCUGAUUCAUCUCUCUGAACUAAAGCUAACAAAUGACCACUGAAUGAAAAAAAAUAAAAAAUGGAGAAAAGCAGGCAGGUAAAGAGAUAUGUGUGUAUACCGAUCUAUGCGCACCAAUACUAUCAAUGUAAAAUUCUACACAUAUUGGGCCACAGAAUGUGUGGUUGGUGGGCUGUGGU